GUUGGCUUGGUGCUCUGCUGGGCUUUGAUUAGCAACUCGCAUGGAUGCGGUGCAUGAAGCGGGCCUGGUGUGGCAUGGUGCUGCUGGGGGCAGCAGCACUCAUGAGCCUGUUGAUGCAGAUGGACCACCUGUCCUUGGACGUGCCCCCGAAGGCUCCCCAGGAAAUGAGCCAGGCCAAGUACGUGGUGAGCCCCAGCGAGGCACGGGCCGCGGUGCUGCUGAUCGGCGGCGCCAGGGCCAUGGUGUGGAAGGGGGUCUGCGAGAACAUCAGGGACAAGCUGGUGGCGGGCCUGCAGCAACCUGCAGAGGGCUUGCCCGGCUGGAAGGUGGACGUGUUCUUCUUCCUGGCGCUGGAGGAGUCGCCUGAGGGGAAGAACUCCAAGAACCGGCUGCAGCACACCUACCAGGAGUUCCAGCUCCAGCACUGCAAACAGUUGCUGCAGCCGGUGUACACCGAGAUCAUGCCGCCGACCUACGCCAUGCCUGCUACGCACGACUGUCCCCCAGGCCACGAGCCCAACUACGCCAUUCAGACGGCGUACUGGAAGCUGGAAGGCGCCAGCGAGCGCAUGUAUUCUCAGUGCAAGCGGGUGCAGGAGGCCUACGACUACCUCUUCCAAGUCUUUGAGCCAAAGGCAGGCGUGAGGUAUUCCGCGGUGGUGCGCGCGAGGCCAGACAGCGUGUACCUCGCGGAGGUGCCGUCCUUGUGGACCUUCGACCUGGGCCACUACACGGUGACGGCGGCCUCCCCGGCGGACCACUGGCACGUGGUCCACCGGGGCUGCACCGGACCCAAGCGCCGGCACUGCCUGCGCUGCGAAGGCUACGAGUUCGACGAGGCGUGUCCCAACCGGACCAUCAUCGUGGACUCGCGCGUGCAGGCGGUGGUGGCACGCGAGCGGCCGCUGCACUGGGCCAAGAAGCUGAACAUUGCCCCGCCCAAGCGCUCGGGGGACUCCAAGGAGUACGGCAUACUGGUGCUGGAGUGUGACAGGUGGCAGAAGUGGCUGAUGUCCUCUGACCCUGAGCUGUACGAGGAGGAUCCGCAGGCCUGCCAGUUCUUCCAGGGCCUCUUCUUGGAUGCGCGACCUGUGGUGAAGGCUCCAAAGGGCCUCCAGAAGCCAGGCCCCGCAGUGGCAGUUCUGAUCAUCGGGGCUGCUCGAGCUCUGGUUUGGCCCCAGGUGUGCCAGAAUAUCAAGGAGCAGCUGGUGGACGGCCUCGCUGACGGAGUCUGGAAGGCGGAGGUCUUCUUCUUCCUCGCCCUCGAGGACAGCGACCAAGCCCGCGACAAGACGCAGAUCCGGCACGCCUUCCAGGAGAGCGACCUGGAGCUCUGCCGCCAGGUGCUGCAGCCCAAGCACGUGGAGCUGAUGCCGCCCAAGUACGCGCCCAGCCACAGCUGCCCGCCGGGAAAGGAGCCUUGGUACGUCUAUCCCUUCUAUCACAAGCUCAGCGACCCAUCCAAAGAGGUGGGUGCCAGCGAUCGGGUGUAUUCCCAAUGCGCCCGGAUACAGCUGGCCUACGACUUCGUGCAGAAUGUCUAUGAGCCCAAAGUCGGCUUCAAGUACGACGCCUUCGUGCGCGCUCGGCCGGACAGCGUCUUCGUGCGCAAGGCCCCGGCGAUGUCCUCCCUGAACACCUCCGAGCUGACGGUGUCCUCCUCUGCGCCGGGGGACCACUGGCACCUCAUCCACCGGAACUGCACCGGGCCCUUCGAGCGGAGGUGCCUCAGGUGCAAAGGCGAGGAGUUCGACGGCCGCUGCCGGCCCGCGGCGAAGCGCCUGGAGCCGAAGCUGCAGGCGGUGGUAGCGCGGGAGAAGCCGGCGGAGGAGGUGAGGCAACUGCUGGGUCGGGAAGUUCCAGCCCGGGACGGCUUCGGCUACCUGGUGCUGGAGUGCGACCGCUGGGCGAAGAUUCUGAAUGCCUCCCACCCCAAGGAGUUGUCCGCGGACCCCCGACGCUGCGAGCGGCUGCAGGAAGACUUCCUCAACGCGCAGCCGCCGAGCGAAAAGGAAUGUAUUGCGUGCAUGGACAUCGCCCUGUUUUUUUCCUUGGACUUAGUUUGGCUGCGUGGCCGAACGAGUUGUGCCGCCGCCUGGUGGGAUCCAGUGUUGGAGUGGGAGCUGCGGUUGAUGUGGGCCCCCAAGAAGAAGCAUUUCAUGGUGCAGUGCUCUUUGAGGCUCUACGUAUGUGCUAUGCGGUGGAGCUGA